AUGCGGAGCGAGCGAGGAGGUCGCCUGCCCGGGCCGACGCCUGCCCGCCUCCGCCUCCGCUUCCGCUCCCGCUACCGCUCCCGCUUCCGCGCGCACAACACACACGCACGCACCACGCUCGCGAAAUUGAUCCGUAUCGCGUGGGCGAUAAGGCUCGAUUCGGUUGAGGCGCGGGCGCGGGCGUUCAGCGGGCUAUCGUGCGGCGUGCUCGUGCGUCAGAGCGGUGCGCGCGGUGCGGGUGUGGCGCGGGGCGGGGGGGGGGGGGGGGGGGGGGGGCGCGGCCGGCCGCUAGCGCGCUCACGGCACCAGGUCGGGCAGGCGCCCGCGGCCCUAGGGGCGCGCCCCGCCCUCCGCGCUCACCACCUGCGAACAGCCGCCCGACGCGCCCUCAGACAUCGCCCCCAACACAGCCGGCCUCUUUCGAAGCUGCACCUCGUUCGGCGCGUUUCGUGUGGAAUGGUUUUUACGAUGCGCGACACCGGC